UUCUUCAAGCUCGCUUGCAGCAAUCACAACGAAGAAGAUGGCAAGCUCUUCCUCCUCCUCCCAGGCCGACGGUGUGCUCCCGUUGAUCCCUUGUACAGAAUGCCGUUGCAAGGUGGUGACCUUCGUUUCCCGUGCGGGGAAUGGUUCUACAAAUGCGUCAGGAAAGAUGCUAGGCUAUUUCCGUUCAUGAGAACGAUGGACACCUACCUGCCGGAGCUCACCCGUGUCGGUUUAGCUGAGCCACAGGUGCUGCAUCACUCCAUGGCCAUGCACCAAUCCGCUCCAGUUCAGCGUAGAUCCAGGCGGGAGCAGGAGUUCAUCGACGGCAGCCAGCGGGAGAUCCAGCCGGACCAUGCAGCUGUAAGGCUGCAAAUGCAGCAGGCGAACCACCACCCCCGUGCCCAAGCUCCUUGCUGCUCGUCCGACACCCAGCGCACCUCGAUGCUGCUGGCUGGAACCAACUUUAUCCUUGUCGUCUCCCUGUUGUAUUUAAUCUUCGGCCAGCCGCGCGGUUAGGCUUUCAUCAGCACUAGUGAUGUAUCAACAGUUCAGUCGUCGGUCUAGAUCUAUUGUCUUGUAAUCGCACUCUCUAAUUUUCUGUUCAAAUCUAUCCCGCCUGUUACCAUAAUUA